UGCAGCAAAUUGCCUUCACACACGCGCACGCCAACGCGACAGUCAGAACAAUCAAUCACGUACAGACGCAUACGAAUAAACGACAAACAGACACACCAACAAACAGACAGACCUACAGUGUCCCACAACUCGACGACAUACACACAUACGUACGGCAAAUCAAUUGCAGUCAGUCAUCAGUGCACUCUCUGCAUGACUGACUGACUACGGCAGCUGCAGAGCCAUCGAUCAUUGAUUGAUUCAUUCCUCAGUCUAUGGAAUGCAUCCAUGCAUCCCAUCCCAUCCCAUCCCAUCCAUCACUCCUCCCCCACACGGGACUUGUGCACCACCUCCGCACGAAUCGCACCGCCAGGCUUCACCUGCACAGCACACGGACAAAGAGAGGUGGAUGUGGUCUAUGAAGGUGAAGGCGUGUGUGAAGGCCAUUUGCUGAAUCAAUCGCAUCAAGUCAAGCUGUGCGCGCAUACAAGCGAUCAAUCAAUCAAUCAACGUCGUCUGGUUGGGUGCCAUGCCCCAUCACACUAUCCAUCCCAUCACAGCCUUCCACCAGUACGGACCACUACCCGCGCGCCCACCCACCCACCUUUGGGUCCACGGGUUUGAUUUGCUCCCUCGAUAUCGAGGUUGCCGGUUGCUUGGGCAUCAUGGCGGGCGAGUCGGCUAUGACGGAAGGCAGCCGGAAGUUCUUGAGCUGAUCGGGAGUGGCCGGCCAGAACUGCAGGAUCGUCCUGGGGUUUUCGAAGCGAGAGGCCCUAAUGGGCAGAUUGACGGGCUUGGCCAGGUCCUUGAGCUCGGAGCAGAUGCGCUGCGUGCGCUCGAUGGCCUGCUGCGCCGUGCCCCUCUUGCCCCUGAGCAGCUCUAUCUCGAGGCGGUGGCCCUUCUUGAGGAAGUCCCGGCACUGGCGCACCUUUCUCUCGUAGUCCUGCUCGGCGGCCACGCCGCUGAUGCGCACCAUCUUGACCUUGAGUCCUGGGUCGAAUGAGUACUGCCCCUCGAGCGUCUUCUGCUGCCUCUCCUCCUUGCUGACGAUCUUUCUGGCCUUGGUGCGGACCUCCUCCCGGUAGGUCUCGAUAGGCACAAGUCGGCAGAGCGGCAGCGGGUCGGCCGAGGCCUUGAAGAGGAUAAGAUCGGUGGAGCGGGAGCGGGCCAGCUGGACGCCCACGGUGGACGACAUGUCGCCCACGAAGCCCUUGUCGUCGAUGACACGGAUGUGGUCGUACACCGGGGGGAUCUGCUCAUUCAUUAUCACGUCCGCAGACGCCUGAAUCAGCCGACCAGUCAGCCAUCACACAGGGCUGCAGUGACAUGCACAACUCUGUGUGACCCACCUCUGUGUCAUCUUCAGCAGUCAACGUUUCUUCAGCUGCACGAGGUCCUGCUGCAAUCGAAAACGGCUGGCACUUUAUCAAGCAGGGACUCGCUGGACGAGCUGGAAGGGACAGAUGGAAGUGCCCAGUUCGCUCAGGCGCAGCGGUGCUUCCAGGCGUCGGCGCAUGACAACAGAGUGAUGCCGCCAGGCGACCUCGUCGCACCAAUGCGCGGAAAUGGCUCCACAUCAAAAAAG